AUGUCCCACUUCUACCCAACAUCCGAAUACGCAGAAGACCAACCCCUCUCCCGAACAAUCCUCACAACCCACGUCCUCAGUCGCGGCUUCCAACUCGGCACCGCAAUCGGCCUUCUAAACACCGGCGCCGCCUACCUCCUCAAACGACAACUCACCACGGCUAUCCUCCUUCGCUCAGCGGGGACGGGAGGACUCAUCGGUACUGGGAUAGCGGGUGCCGGUCUGGUGGCCCGGAUGUGGGGGAGGGAGGAGAUUGAAUGGAAAGAUCGGAGUUGGCGCAUUCGAUAUAAUACCGGUCAAGUGGCGAUUGAUAAUUGGGCGGAGCCGGGGGCGGCGUUGGGUGUGCUGGUUGUUGCUUCGAGGGGGGUGGUUGGGUCUGGGAGUGUGAUGGGAGUGGGAGGGUUGAGGGGGCUUGUUGGUGGCGCGGGCGUUGGUUCUUUGGUUGGAAUUGUUGGGUGUAUGGCUGCGAGGCGGGUAUUGGGGGUGAAGGAUGCGAAUGGGGAGUUGUGA